AUGGUGUCUCAUGUGCAGCUGCUGAGUUUGAUGGCAUUGCUCGCCUUGCUACAGUCUUCUUCCACUAGCGCUAAGCGUCUAGAUCUUGUAUCUUUUGAGAAACCUUUUGACGACGUUGACGCAGGAGGCUUGCGACAGCUUGGAGAAAACUUUGUGUAUGGUGGCGAUGCGGCUGUAAACCGCCACUUUGCUCGCCUUACACCUGACCGACAGAGCAAGCGUGGUUUUAUAUGGGGAAAACAAAAGUUGGCGGUCAAAGAAUUUACUGCAGUGCUUACGUUUCGUAUCAGUGGCCAGGCUAAAUCCUGGUUUGGCGAUGGUUUGGCUCUCUGGCUUACGACCAGUGAGUACAUGCCGGGUGAUAAUCACGGCUUUAUUGGGGAAUACAAGGGAAUUGGCAUUCUAUUUGAUACUUUCGUCAAUAAGGAGCAUAGUGGUGGUCACAAAGAUGUUACGUUCUUUGAAAAUGACGGCACCAAGACACUUGACCAAUUAAACGACAUGGAGAAGCAGGGCUGCAUGGCACCCGGUAUUCGUUACCACGAGAAAAACGCGGCGUUUAACCCGUCACUUAACAUGUCUCGUGCUAAGAUUACUUACACGCAGGCUGAUCAGCACAUUACGAUUCUGGUGGACGCCGAUGCGUCGGGUAAUUGGAUCAAGUGCUACAGUCAGCGCCUAAAUUUUGGAGACGACUGGAUGAGUGAUGCAUACGUUGGCAUCUCAGCCUCGACAGGAAGUCUAGCCGACAAUCACGACGUCAUUUCUAUCAAGGUGUAUGAUGACGUGAUUGACUCGCUAGUAGACCAAGAGGAUGAGAAGCAUCGCAAUGCCAAAGACAAGACGCUCGAAGCCAAACUUAGCGAAGGAAGUAUUGAUGACAGGAUGAAGGUGGUGAAACAAAAGUAUACUCAUUUAAUUGAGGAAUUCGAGUAUAAGAUCACUUCACUGAAAGAGUCAACGGACACUACGAUUCAAAGGCUCAAGCAACAGGAAAUUGAAGAUGAAAAGCGUAUCGAGGAGCUUGAGGCUUGGGCGAACGGAAAAGUGCGUGAGCGUGUGCACAGCACCGAAAACGCUAUUCGAGACCAAGUAAAUCUACAACUGGAAGCUACUGUGAAGGAAACCGCUGCCAAGUCUAGUGGAUGGAAGACUCCAUUUUUCAUUGUUGUGAUUAUUAUCGCUGGGAUUGUCGCUGUCGGUUACCAAAAGUAUCAGGCGCUUCGCAAGACACACUUCCUGUAA